UUUAUUAAAUAAUAUAGGAAAGGACUACAUUAUUAAGGGCUUGCCUAUAAAAGAGACCGGGUGUUAAUUUGAAACUUAAAAAAAAAAAAAACACGGUAGGUGACGGUUUGUUAAGAGACACUCCCAAGUUUUUAUUUUGAGGUUUAAUGUCGAAAAUUAUUUUUCUCAUUUAAAACUUAGUUACAGGAUGAGUUUCGCAAAAAUUAUUCCUCAGUUUAAAAGGUUAUGCUUACAACCAAACCUAGGAACAGCUCUUCGACAGGUCUCAACAAAUAAUUCCCUGUUUUUUAAGGCAACCCCAUGUCUUAUGGCUGAACCAAUGAAGAAGAAAAAAAGAUUAGAUCCCGCAGUCAUUAGAGCCAGGGAAGAGAGGAAAAAGAAAAAAAUUGAAAAGCAAAUUAGACGUUUAGAAAAGCAUGCGAGACAACUAAAACCCCUUAGCGAGUGUGAAGUGCCUCUGGUUCUUUUAGAUGAAAAACUGGAAAGGCAAAGGAAUAUAGUUCAUACCCCAGAAACUCUUGAAAAAAGGGCUCUGCUAGAAAAGAAAUGGGCAAAUUAUAAAAGGAUUCAACUAUUAAAUGAUUUACAAAUGAUUGAUCGGGUUCAGUUUUAUCAGCAAAGAGCUUUAGAUGAACUGAAAAAAGAGUCUGAAGAGUUAUAUCAAGAAGCAAUACAGCCCGAUUAUCACAUGAUCCCGUUCACAACUGUUGGUCCAGUAGAAACUCCAGCAAUAGAGGAUUACGAUGUCCCCGAUGGAGAAUACCAGGAUGUCUCAAAGAAAUGGAAGUAAACUGUCAUUUGUAUUCAACAUAGUAAGGAAAAUUGCAUUAAUAAAUAUUUUAAGUUUA